ACGUACAUCAAAGUGAAAGUAGAAAUCUCGUGACUCUUGCUACUUAUACAACCUCUUAUCUAUCUCCGAUGUCGCGUGGACAGUCAGAUAAAUAUAAAAUCCUAGGAAGUCGUCGCUCUAACACUUCUAUUUGCUGCCCGUGUUGGACAAGAAAGCCGUGGUAUUUUAAGAUGGCGGUGGGAAUUUCGGGAUUUUUGGCCUUGGCUGUGGUUGGAGUUUUAGUUGGCCUGGCUGUUUCUGGCCCUCUACAUGCCUCCUGUAAAAUUGACUGGACUUUUGGAGUUUCUUGUGACAGUGUGAAGUCUAAACUGAAGAAUCAAAUCAGUGCUUGGACUACUGCAGACAACUGUAAAAAUGGAGGGGAGAAAUGCUUGUACAAGUUUGUGAGUGAGUCAGGGAACGAGCUGAGAGCAAUACACGAGACCCCAGUGAAACAUUACAAAGAUGAUCUGACCUUCACCUUUGGACCUUCAAGUUCGGCUAGCAGUUGCAAUGUCCACGGUUUUUCAACCUCGGAGACCUGGUACGCCCUGCUUGACUACGGCACAAACUACUGCAAUCUCCACAACUUAGUCACAGGAUCAGGCCUGGACAAAACCACAGGAUAUACGGAGAAGACUAGCAACAGUGUGUGUACGCAGUACUCCUCGGCCAACUGUACCGUCUACUAAUAGUACUACUGACAGUACAUCUGUGUGUGUUGUGUUUAUUUGUAACAGUACCUAUUGGUACUACUAUUACUGUACAUGUAUAUUGUAUGUACAUUGUAUGUACAUUACAUGUUAUAUAAUUAUUUAAAAUUUUAUAUGCUAGACAAAAACAUCUAUUGUACACUAUUCAUACAGUUCAGUACUUACUUGACAAUUGUCAACAUUCCAUCAGCCUACAAAACAUUAGCAUGAUAAUUAUAAUGGGGUUUUUUUUCAGCUGAAAUAUCUGUUCACCUAGUAUUAAGUUACUGUUACCUAUUGUUGGAAAUUUGAAUCAACUGACUUCUAAAUGUAUGAACAGUUCUUUCAAAAUAAUUUUUUCGCAACUUCUACUGUGUAUGCUAUGGUGAAUUAUGUGUACCGGUAUAUUCAAAAUGUAAGAUACAUUGAAAUCGAUAUAUAUACAUGCUCAAAUACAUUUGUUGACCUAGAUAUUGUGUCUCAAUUCUGUUAUCAUAUAUAAAGAUGUGAAGUUCUCAGACGCAUAUUAACUAUGUAUAUUUGUCUUCAUAUCUAUUAAUACAUGAUAAAUACAUGUACAUGUACAUACAUAUUAUAUACAUAUUGUUCCUCCAUUUUCAUUGUCACUCUCCUAAAUCAGCUUUCCUAUACAUUUAUAACACAGUUUUUUUGCAUAUAAUCAUUCAAUUUUAUCCAGUCCAUCAAGUUCACAAUGCAAUCACAUUUCAGAUUAAGACUUUAACUAUGGAGAAGUAUAAAAUUUCAAUUUCAUACUAGUAUACCAUAUAUACAGCGAAAAUAAAUUUUCUUAAAGUUUUUAUAAGGUUUAUGUAAAUACACUGUGCUUAUUUUUUUUUCUAUUUCAAAUAAUCUUAAUAUAGAGUUCCCUUUUCUUGACUAUCAUAUUUUGUAUUGUAUAUGAAUCUUCUCAAAUUUUGUUUAUAUUUUCAAAGAUAAUGUUGCCAUUUUUGGCUUAUUUUUUUGUAUUUAAAGGGUAUUGUUGUAUUAAAUUCUUCAAAAAUGUU